AUGGGCAACCAAUCCAUUGUGACAGAAUUCCUUUUAAUGGGAUUUGCAGAUGACCAUGAAACACAGAUUUUGCAUUUAGUUAUAUUUCUGUUUGUUUAUUUAACAGCUGUAGUGGGAAAUCUUCUGAUCAUCAUGGCUGUCGCCCUAGAUCAUUAUCUUCACAAUCCCAUGUAUUUCUUUUUGGUUCAUCUGUCAUUUUUAGAUCUCUGCUUUAUUUCUACUACAGUUCCUAAAUCCAUAGCCAUUUCAAUUACACAAAAUAGAGCAGUAACCUUUACUGGAUGUGCUGCACAGCUAUUUUUAAUUGUUACUUAUACUAGCGGUGAACUUUUUUUGCUCACUGCCAUGGCCUAUGACCGUUAUGUAGCCAUCUGCCACCCUCUGCAAUACAGUAUGAUCAUGAACUGGAAUGCUUGCAUUCAAAUGGCAUCUGCUGCCUGGAUAAGUAGCUUGAUUCAUGCAGUAGUAGAAACCAGUCUAACUUUCAGAGUGAACUUUUGUGGAUCCAAUAAAAUUAGACAAUUUUUCUGUGAUAUGCCUCUGUUACAAAAAAUAUCUUGCGCUGAUUCAAAUGAGACUAAGCGAUGCACUAGUGCAGAUGCCAUAAAUCGAGGUGGUGGAGGAUGGAGGAUGAAACAAGGCAGGGAUGUGGAGCUUCCCCAACAACCCACACCAGCUUACCUGAGUAACCUGCAGCCAUGCAUCAACAUCCUGACAACUGCUUCAUAUUGCAGUGGCUCCAGAAGCCCCAUCCAGGGCCCCAUGUGGCUUGUGCAUCACCCAGCCUCCUGCUCCAUUGCAUCAGCAAGCAACAAGAAGAUGUGGGCUUUGCAGCAUUCUGCUCUGAGUGGCAGCACCAGCUCAAUACGCCAUGUGGCAUCUGGCUGCAAAUGGCUGCAAGAAGCUGCAGAAAAAGUCAGAAGUCCAUGUCAGGGCAUGGAAGCAUGGUUGCAGCAGUCCUAA